AAACCAGGUCAAAGCGGUGUCAUCCUAGUGUUGUUAAUUAGCGACAGGGGGGAAAAGACUUUCGUUAUCAAGAUGUUGGAAGGUGUGAAUUCGUUCCGUUUUCAUUUCGAGACGUGUUGGAGAUUGUGUUAUCUCAAGUGUAGUGCUGUGCUAGUGUUUUUUUUUUAGCCCUGUUGGCUAAAUUACAUUUCCGCUGUUGUUUCCAGUUUGUGACUUUUUUUUUCACAUUGUAGUCGGCACGAUUCCUAUUAGUAGGAAGGAUAUUUAAAAUUUGAAAGCCAGCACUAUUAGGUUUUAUUCCUAUUGAAAUCAACAUUUAACUUUUACUGGAAAAAAAAACAAAUUUGUUUCAUUGGUCAAAAUUUUACAAGAUUUGUUUCAAGAUUUGAUCCAUUUUCUUGGAAACACGAUGUUUCGUUGGAAAAUACUUAAGUUCUAAGUGGUUAUCUCCCUUAAUGAAGAUUUAAAAAAAAAAACAAUGGUUAUCUUCUUUUUAAUUGUGCACUUGACAAGGAAGUUGUGAUCAUGUUUUGAUGCUAAAUAUAGAACCACGUGGCUAAACGAACCAAUAGAUGAGAGGUAUUAGAAUGGUUCUAACAGUAGACGGGAGACGUUAGAGAGGUUCUCAAAUGAAAGAGUCGCUCACGGUGAACAUGCUCAAACCUUCGGCCACUGAGGUGGUCAAAAGGAGGUCAGUCAGGAGUAACGCCAACGUCCUAAAUCGAAGGUCAUGGCCGUUAGCGCCUGGAUCAAUCAAGCAACAGCUCAAGGACCGCGAGAGACAAGACCAACUGACGGAGAUUUUGAACCGGUACAGCACCAAUGGCUUCCCACCCCUCCCCGACCUCCUGGGCCGGCCCAAGUUUGACGAGAAUGUUCUGACCAUGGAGCUCAACUGGAGGCUACUGGUGGACGGGGACGAGAACAUGACAAAGAAACAACAAGAGCACCAGGAGGCGGUAUGGGAGCUCUUACAAACGGAAGUGUCUUACAUCAAGCAAAUACGGGUCAUUAUCGAUGUCUUUCAAAACUGUCUUUUCAACGUUAAGCUGGAGCAACUGUUAAAUGAUAUUGAGACAGAAAAUUUGUUUAGUAAUAUUCACGAGAUCUUCGAAUGCAACUGUACAUUUUGGCAGCAACACCUCCUUCCUGUACUUCACAACAGCAGAGAGACUCGCAAGCCACUAGACCCAUUAAUUAUGAAAGAAGGAUUUGUUGAUCAUUUUCAGAAACAGUUUCAGGUGUACUUCAAGUAUUUUAUAGAACAUAAAAAAUGUCUUGAUUAUGCAAAACAAUGUAUGGAAAACAGUGAUUUAUUUAAAACCUUUAUCAUGUGGGCAGAGGCACAAAAACAAUGCAAUCGUCUCAAGCUGGCUGAUAUACUGGUCAAACCCAUGCAGAGGCUCCUCAAGUACUCUCUGCUCCUGCAAGCUAUCUUAAAGCACACAGAGAAUGAGAAUGACAGGGCGGACAUUAAAGAAAUGAUCCAAUCAGUGGAGAAGCUGUGUUGUGCAGCAAAUGUCAGUCUACAGAGGAAAGACGACUAUGAAAAACUUGAAGCCAUUAGAAAAACAUUAGAACCUUACGACUCUCUGGAAACUCCUAAUGAUGAAUGUGCUAAGCUUGUGCAGGAGCAUAACAACAGUUUUAACAUACUGGCCCCAAUCCCUGGUGUUCUUGAUGGUCUUCCUAGAUGUUUACUGUUCCAGUCCAGUUUACGGAUGAAAGAGGCCCAGACACCUAAGCUGGACGUUGAGUGCCUCCUCUUCACUGACCUGAUACUGAUCUGCAAGCCCAACAGGAAAGCCGAUCGCUUUAAAAUAAUCCGGCCGCCAAUGAGGCUUGACCAGCUGGUGGUCAGUGAGCUGAAAGACAAAGGAAGUUUUCUGCUGAUUUACAUAAACGAAUACAGCGUUCCCAUAUCAGCAUUCACGUUUCACAGUGAGACUGGGGCCAUCAGAGGCUGGCUGGAAAAAUUCAGGGAGGCACAGAAAGAUUUCAAAGCCAGAAGAAUCUCAGGGCAGGCUGAGCUGAAGCGCCUUGCAGCAGAUGCAGCGCAGGCGCAGGAAGAAAUGGAUUCCUUGACCUCUGUCUCCUCUGACCUUGACCUCAAGGCCUCUGUGUUCCCUCGCUCCGACAGCAUGGAAUCUGCUGACCACUUCAUGCCCAACCUUCUCACCCCUGAGAUGAACAAUGACGGUGCCGUGGAGCUGGGUCGCUCUGGGUCAACAGGGGACAUUCACACCCGUGUGGCGCCAGGCCACAGGGAUCUCGUACAUAACAACACCGAUCCUAAGCUAACCAACUCCGAUGACUCCCCAUCUGAGAGUCGUCCCUCUAACAACCUGAACCUCGGCACCAAGCACAAACCAGUUCAGACCUGUAGGUCUGUACCUAAUAUAAAUGUAGGAUUAGCCCACAUCAACAACUCAUCUCCUACAAACAAACCAAAACUUAACGGCAACAGUGAUAACUGUAUUGCUGAGGACAUGGAUUCUUUAAUCCCCUCAGCGUACACUGCCAAAGACACGUAUACACAUGAACAAAGCAUAACUGGAGAGGAAGAUCCCUCCAAGCAAAAACUCAAUGCUCGUCGAUCCUCUCGGACAGAGAAACGCUACCACACUGUAGAUUCUAUUCAGGAUAUGAAAAUUUCAGAAAAGGAUUCCACAAUCCAUAAACGUCUUUCAUGGAGAACAGAUGUGGAUCAGACGAGAAAUUUAGGAUCGAAGGCCGUGAGUUCAGAUUCUGUGCAGAGUUACCCCUCCUCCAGUGGUGUCAGCUCGUCAGCGUCGCUCCACUUCAACAUCGACAGUGAUAUUAGUGAGGAGACUGAGUUCUGCUUUCUACCCGGUAAAACUGGCGAAACUGUGACCCACACAGAGCGCCAUAAGUUAUUCUCAGUAGGGGUCGCAGAUGACUCUAACGAGACGGACGACACAGAUCUGACAGAUUUAGAUCCUAAGUCAAAAUCUAAGUCAACACCGGACUUAGUGACUAUGUUCAAUAACAGUUUGCAUGUCAGUCCCAUGCAAGAUGGGAUAGCUUCUGUGGCUAUGACGAUGGAUGGACUCAAUAUUAAACUGACACAAGCAGAAAUUUUAAAGAGAAAACAGCUGAAGCACCAAAUACUUUAUGAUGCUAGUAUAGAAUCUUCAGAAGUGUAGCGGAAAAAGGGAAUCUUCAAAGUAUAUUAGAACAGAUGCAACAAAUAUAGCCUCAUGCAAAAUCUUUGUUUCAUUCAUUUUUUCCAAGUUCAUUUUUGGGGAUUACACAAUAUAAAAACAAAAGAAUUUUUAAACUAGUGGGUUCUGCCUUAAUUCUAGACUGCUGAAUUCACUAUUGAUCCAUACCAUUUUGUGUUUAAAGGAACAAUUGAAAUAUCCAUAGUUCUGUCAUUUUUUAUUUAUUUAUAUUUUGUCUCAAAAACUCUCAAUAUUCUGAUUGUAACUGGUUCAACACUGUUUUCUGUUUAUUUGAAAACAUUUUCUCAUAUUUUAGCUAAAUUUGUUUACCAAUAGUUUUACAACAUUUUUAUGAGUAUCUUCUUAUAUAUUGCUUAGCUAUAAUUAUACUGUGUAUUUCAUUUGACAACUGUACCAUUAUAUAAAAAAAGAAAAAAGUAUUGUUUUUAAAUGAAAAUGAACUAAAUAUUCAAAAGCUUCUGAGAAUAUUAUUUUAAAAGAAGCCAUUAAGAAAAGUAUAUAUAAACAGGCAUUUAUUUAUAAUUUAAAUAAAUUUUUAUAAAAAUGUAUCGGUUUGAAAUGAGAAAAGUUUUAUUCAAAAAAUUAUAUUUGUUUACAAUUACAAGGCUGAUCCCCACAAAUUUUAGGGCUUUCAUAUUUGUAGUCUGUGUUUUCUGCAGUUUGAAAUAUCCAUGUACAAGUCAAGGAUUAACAGUAAGCCUUUAGAUUAGUGAUUUGAUGAAUGCUGAUGACUUCAACACCAUUUCAAAUAUUUCAGACUUUUGAUAUUUUGAAAAGUGCUUCAUUAUCUUGCAGAUAUAUGCAUUUUUUUUUAUUCAUUCUCUAGGCUAAAGUAAAUAUUUAUAUUAAUAUUGUUGUGUAAUCUCAAACAUGAAAAGCAGUUUUAAUACAUUUUUCCUUUGAGAAUGUGUGUGCAUUAUUAAAUUGUCCUACUUGAACAGACCUAAGCUGCCAUUUCCGUUAGUGAUUUCCACAUUUUCAACUGCCUGCCUAUCAACUGGGUUAAAGUAGUAAAUUGGGUACACUUAUUUUCUUUGCUGUAUUGUUAUUUACUUUUUAAAACAUCGAGUCUAUCUUAAUUUUUAAAAAUUAUAUUUUAAAUGUUGAAUGUAAAUCAGUUUAAAAAAAUUUGUAUGCAAGGUAAACCCAACAAAAAUUGUGCGGAGUACCAACAAUGAUUGCAUGUGAGGAAUUCUACAUUACUCUUACCCUGUACUACUCAAUACAUAUGCUACAUAGUUGUGUUGUCAUUCCACAGCUGGGAAUAGUAAUGCUAGUUUGUUUUUUAGUUUAUGGAGUCCAGAUAUCCAUCAAAUUAUUACCAUUAAUUUUAAAAUAAUUGUACGCCUAAACUAAGGCUUGAUUCUAAAUUCAUUAAUUAUAUCAUUUUCUUUAAAUGAUUUGAAGUUGUAUCUAAUUAUGAAAGGCUUUAAUUUUAAUUUUGUUUAUAAAAAUGAAUUAAUUUGCUUCACAUUUUAUUUAUUUUUAAUUAAAAUUAGAGCUUUACAAGUUAUUUAAUUAUUCUCAUGCCUUCUUAGAAUAUUCAAAGCUAAAAUAUGCCUAACUCAUCUUAAAGAGUUAUAUUACUUUAUUUUAUAGCUUUAGUACAUACAAAUUCCAAUAUUUCUAAACUGCAUGUAAUGAAAAUAAAUGUACAAGUUGAUUUUAAUCAUAGUGUGGAGAAUUUCAUCCCAGUGCAAUUCUAUUAUGUCACUUUUUGUUAAACAAUUGUUCGAGGUUUGGUUUCAAGCAAGCUGUGUUAACAUUUUCCGGUAUAGGUUCCCAACUUUAUUUUAAAAUAUUUUCCACAUAUGGUGCAAGGAUGAGUAAAAGGAGAAUGACUGAUUUAACAAUAUUUAAAAAUGAGUUGUUUUCAUUUUUUUAUGCAAGAAACCAUAUUUUUAAAAUAACUUUUUUAUGUUCAGGGAGUCUUUAAUAACAUUAAGAAACAGUUAAAUAUUUUUUUUUUACAAAAUAGAGGAUCCACAAAAUAUAUAUAGUAUUUUACUAAGAAAUGUAGAAUGGAAAUUAAUAUUUGAAGGUUAAAAUCGGAUAUAUUCGGUAGUUUAACAGUGUUGGGGAGAGGGACUUAUAAUAACAUUUAUAAUGUGUAGCGGGGAGUACAUGAGAACUAGAAUGUAUAGCUAUGAUAUUUUUCUGUAUACAGCUACAUUGCCCAGUGUGUAAGCUAUGCUACAUGAACUAUUGCCAACAUGUCUGCAGCUGAUUAUGGUAUAUUCAAAUAUCUGGUCAAGGACAGGAGGUUGGCCAAACAUUCAGUGUUUAAGGUUAGGUCAUUAUGAACUCUGGCCAUCAUAGUUGGUCAUGGACAGGAGGUUGGCCAAACAUUCAGUGUUAAAGGUUAGGUCAUUAUGAACUCUGGCCAUCAUAGUUGGUCAUGGACAGGAGGUUGGCCAAACAUUUGGUGUUAAAGGUUAGGUCAUUAUGAACUGUGGCCAUCAUAGUUGGUCAUGACACAUUGGCCAACUUUUGUUGAUCAGAUAAGCUCAUCACAUUCAGGGGGUUAAAGGUCAUUGUUGAAUAAAAGCAAAAAUAAACAAACAGACCAUGUCAUACAACACAAAGGUAUAAGAUUUUUGAAAUUUUGCUCCAUAUAUUUUGACUAAUAGUAAUACUUCCAACAUAAAAUACAUUUCUUUAAUAAUUCAAUCACUGAAAAUGACCAAAAAAAUUUAAAGUUAUUUAAUUAUUAUUUUUUUAGUUCAGUGAUCCCAAAUAUUUAUACAAAACAUCUUCAAAACCAAACCUACUUAAAGCUAAAGGAUUAUGCAAUAUGUAAAAAGAAUAUGCAGAUAUUUUAUCUUGUGGCAAGAAAUAUUGUUGUCAUGUUUUUCAAUACUUCUUCCUUAUCAAUUUCUAAAUAUAGCAUUAUUAAAGAUAUUUUUUUCCCCCACUUCUCUCUCUUUAAACUGUCUCAAAACAGUUAACUGUAAUGGUGCUCUGUUACAUAAGAUUUUAUGUGUGUCUGCUACAAACACAGGUAGAAGACUGUACGCAUUUUUACACUUCAUCUAUGAGUUCCAUAAGACUUACUGUGUACCAGGCAUAUGCAAUUUAAAUUCUCAACAUUGUACAUUUUUUUUACUCAAUAAGCUGUACUUGUUUCCAUUUUAAUGUGUGGGACAUUGUGGAGUUU